GUCUUCGGGGGCCUGGUGUGGAUUCUGAUCGCCUCGUCACUGGUGCCCAUGCCACUGGUCCAGGGAUGGGUGAUGUUCGUGUCUGUGUUCUGCUUCGUGGCCACCACUACCCUGCUCGUCCUGUACAUCAUCGGUGCCCACGGAGGGGAGGCUUCCUGGGUCACCCUGGACGCAGCCUACCACUGCACCGCCGCCCUGUUUUACCUCAGCGCCUCCGUCCUGGAAGCGCUGGCCACCAUCCAGAUGUACGAGGGCUACACCUACAGGCAGUACCACGAGAACAUCUCCGCUGUGGUGUUUUCAUACGUAGCCACGCUGCUGUACGUGGCCCACGCCGUGUUUUCUUUAAUCCGAUGGAAGUCUUCGUAAAGCGGAGGAAGAACUUUAGCCUAACACCCAGAUGUGCUAACUGACAAGCCCGCCUUCCAGCAUAACUUUGUAGAAUGCAGGCAUGCUCUCCGUGGGGGAAAAAAGAAAACAAACCAAAAAAGCCCAACACUGCUUCUAUGUUUACUGUCCCACAGACCUCAUGUUGGAGUUGGGGGCCAGCCACCUUUAACCUCCAACGAGGUCUGUCUUUCUUGGGUCAUUUCCUGUUUUUUUG